GACGCUCGAACGAUUUUGAUUGAAGUUAAGGUCGUUGAGCAUGUACUACUUACAGUUGUUCCUGCUUCUUUUUACUUCCGUUUCCAACACGCGAUCUUAUUUAUCAUCAACUAACCUAGUUGAUAUAAAAGCACAUGGCCAUACGCUUUUGACGAAGAUACUCGCUGCAAGACAAUUACAAGACCUGUUUGAUAACGAUAAAAACACACAUGGGCUUUUCCAUGCUGAACUAAAUCAAAAGGUUUAUCUGAUCGUUGAUCUUGGCGGACUAUAUCAAGUUGGUUCAGUGGAGAUCACUUCUGAUCAACCUGAAAAUCUUAAACAAACUAUAAGCAUUGGUUAUGGAUUCGAUACAAACACAACAAGUUUAUUUGGAUCUUUGUACAAUUGUACAUAUCAACAAACGUCUACUCUGUGCAUACCUGCUUGUAGCAAAUAUGACAGUUCACAUACCGGUUUUGUUGGCAAUAGUUUGCUAUGGAGUUUCCAGUCAGACAAAGAGGGAUGGACUAGAAUUUAUGAUUUAAUCAUACGCGGUACUCCAUUCGAUGAAAAACGUAGCAUGAAGAAUAAUCUUGAUGAUAUUACAUUGUUUAAGCCAUAUGUCGAUCAUCUAGUUCCUGCGGAAUCUAUGGAAUCAUGUAGUGGAUUAUUAUGGCAUUUGAAUGACGAAAGUAAUGUGACAGAAAGUUCUGCACUAGUAGCUACUGAUGAUCGUAAUGUUACAAUUUACUUUGGAAAAACAUAUUCAGUAACAAGUGUACACUUUGUAACAUCAAACCAAGAUGAUAUGCCACACGAUUAUACAUUACAUUUCAGUGGUAUGGAAUCAUUGACGAAAAUAAUUAAUCUUCAAAGUGAUUGUACAUUGACAGCUAGUUCUGAUAAUGAUGGUGCCAAUUUUAAAGAAUAUAAUUGUCCAACUACAGAUUUAGAAAGUUAUACUUUUGAUUAUGUUACGGUGAAUGUGAAAGGUCUUUAUAAGUUACAUGUUUAUGGAUUACCAUUCCAUUAUCCUAAAAUUCAAAUAAUUCCAUCGAAAGAAGACGAUAAAACAAUUAUGGUUGAUAAAAAUAUAUUACAAAUUAGUUGUAUUGCACAAUCAUGUAAUUCAACAUCAAAUGUAUUACUUGAUGCCGAUGAUAGUUAUCGUCGAUCCAGAAGUAGUGAUGCAUCAUCAUGUCCUAUGAAUGGUCAUAUUAUACGAUGUGAAUAUCUUAAUCUGUUUCGUUUAUCAACAUCGUCAUCAUCAAAUAAUGAUAAUGAUAAUAAUAAUCAGAAAAUACAGUUAACAAAUCAGGGCAUAAUCAAUACACAGUUCAGCGAAAUUAUGACAGAAUUAAAAAUAAUACAAUCUAAUGCUGAGAAAUUAGUUGUCACCAUGCCAAGAACUCAUCAAUAUUACAGUCAGUAUCAAUGUAGUUGCCAAGCUACUGACAAUAAGAAAUCACAACUUUUCUCUCUAUCUACAAAUCUUAAACCAACAGAUUUCGAUCAGGAUUUAAUAUUUCAAACAAAUUACACGACAACAUUUGCUGAACAAUCAAUUGAAUCACAUGUAGGAUUCAUUGAAUUACCAGAGAAUGAACAUGAAAGUUACUUCAAAUUCAAUAUUAUUGGUUACAGUCUCUUAAAAGAUGUACAAAUUGGUGUGGUAUUUGUAGAAGGUGGACAAGCAGGAAGUAGAACAAAUGCGAAUAUAGAAGAGACAAAUGUACAAGCGUUUUCGGGCAUUAAUGUUGGUUCUGAUUUAUGGUCUAUACCUGUUUAUAAAUAUGAACUACAAGAUGUUUGGCCGGAUUCUGUCGAUGAUAGCGUGAUCUCAGUUACAUGGAGUAUGCCAAAAGCUUUAUCAGCUACAAAAUCACCAUCUGUGAUUAGAGAUGUUUUUCGGGCAUUGAUUAUUACAUCAAGUGGAGUGAAUACAGUUCGUGCAUGGGUUUGGCAAAGAGAUUCACAUUUAUUAGAUAUUAGAGCUUUUCAUCAAUUAGAUGAAAAUAAUGUUGAUAGUCAGUUGAAGAUAUUAACCUUACAGCGUUCUGGUUGUUCCUCUAGUGAGAGCGAAGAUGAAGUUGUUGCCAGUGUUCAACUUAAAGACGGACAAUGUAGUACAGAUAAUAAUGACAUUAUUACAUGUACACGUACAAUUCAUGGUCAAAUAAUUCAAUUUAAGUUAAACAAUCCAUCUACAUCAGAUGUCUAUAAAUUAUACAUGAAAUCUGUUGGGGUUGAGGAUACUGUUGAGUCAGCUUCUAUUAUUGAAUUAGCUACCUCUGGAUCACUUGGUGAAACAGUUAAAGAAGAUAUUAAGGAUGCUGGAUUAAGUUUAACUGUUGAAGGCAUUCAUCAUAAUUAUGAGACACAAGAAACUGAAUUAGAUGUCACUGUUCAUAUUGCUUCAAAAGUGAUCUCCGACAAUGUUGCUUGUAGACCAACUUAUCUACUUUUAGAAUUUAUUGAACCAAAACUUGAAAUAUUAAAAUCUCGAGUGUCCAGUAAACAAACAAUAUUUCGAAUUAAACUGCCAAGUAAUCAAAAAGAAAUAAAUUUAGAAAUACAAUUGUCAAUUGGUUCAGCGGAUCCUACACAAUCUGAAGCCACUACAAAUCAAUCGAUUUCAUUCAAGAAUCCAUUUUACAUUUCUACUGAUAUUACAAUUGAUACAGAAAAUCAAUUAAUGCAAUGGUUUGGGCUGCCAAUAAUUUUCAAUAAUCUCCUUCACCAUUAUGAAACUAAAUUGUCUGGUCUACCAAAAGCAUGUGAACAGGCCAGUGAAUUUAAUUUACCAAUUACACAACAAGAAAUUGAUAAUGGAACAAUUUACAGAGUUAAUUUAAAAAAUAUACCUGAUCCAACUAUCACAAAAAAUGGAUUGGCUAUUGAUUAUACUUUUAAAGUAACACCGGUAUUUAAGGGCAUAGACGGAAAAUCCAUCACAAUGGGAACUUCAUCUGACAUUAGGUUUUCAAUAGGUCGAAUGGGUCAAACUGAUCUUAAAGCGCCUACAUCCGGUCGGUAUUAUUCAUUACAAGUACAAGUUAAACCAAGUCAAAUGCCAAGUUGUCUGAAUUUAGAAACACUGAAUACUCAGUUUACAUUAAAAGUAAUUGGUGAAGUGGAUGAAUAUCCGGAUUAUAUAAAACAGGUGAAUUAUGUACCAAUUACAAUGAAAACAACUGAAACACUAAAUGAUAAAAAUAAUCAAGUGAAAUUGUAUAAAAUUGAAAAUUUACUACCUGGCCGACGUUAUGAACUUCAAGCGGAAGUUAUUUACACAGAAGAUUUCAGAGAUAAAAUUUCAGAACCUGUCCGUUUAUGGAUAGAAGAUGAGGUACAUGUACAAACUGAAGAAGUGUUUAUAUCACCAGGUGAACGUGUAGUUAUCAACUGUACUGGAUCAGUUGGACCAAAUGAUACCUCACAAAAAAAUUUAGAAUGGAAAUUAUUUGAUGGUGGUCGUUUGCCAGAUGGUAGUCGUUCAUUAAAAACACUAGAAGCACAAUCUGGACCAUUAUGGUAUGCAAUGGAAUCGUUAAUAUUUGAUCCUGUCAAUAAACAACAUGGUGGUGUUUAUGCUUGUUUCAUAAGACCAUCAAUAUCAGAGCUAAUGAAUAAACCAACAACAUUGCAUAAGGUCACUGUGACUGUUAGUGAUUUGGAAAUUGAUAUUAAUUCGAAAAUUGUUCACUUCGGUGAGAAAAUUAUAAUCACAUGUCGUACAGCUAGUCCUGGACAAUUAGAUUGGAUGUUACCAUCUGGUGAGAAAAUUGAAAUCAUGAAUGAAAUGAAAUCAGACAAUGAUAAUGAUGAUCAACCAUACUCUAUAAAAGAUGAAAAUGACGAUGUAAAAUUGUCAAUUAAAUUAAUUAUACCAAAAGUUAAUUUGAAUAAAGUUGGCAAAUAUACAUGUUUGCAUUCACCAUCAAACAAUAAACAAACAUUUAACUUGAAAAUGAAAGAAGUUAUUAAUUUGAUCAAAUCCCCUGAAAGUUCUGAUAAACCUGGAAAAACUCUCAUUCUUGAUUGCACUGCGAAUUUGGGGGAUUUACAUCAAUCAGUUGUUUGGUAUAAACGACCAAGUUCAAAUUCACCAUGGUUAGAAAUCACUGAAACAGUACAAACUAUUGAACAUAUUACUAUACAACAAAAGAAUCCUGAAGAAACAUCAUCAUCAGGUGUUUGGUUGUCAGAAUUAAAAGUAAAAAAUUCACCUGGAAUUAUUGGUGAAAUUAUGUGCGCAAUACAAAAUAUUCAGAGAGCAGUGAAUAUUGACCGAAUGGAAACUGGCAGUAUGAUGAUGAAUGAUGAUUUUUCUAAAAUUACACAUGCAAUCAUUAAAAUAUCACUGAAAUCUGGUAAGUGUAGUAUUAUAAAAAUGUUUAUUAAUUUGUAAAGGAAUGUAUUCUUCCAGAUAUAUUGAUAUUAAAAAAUAAAACUAAUCAAACUUUAUUAACAUGUAUACAUUCUAAGCAGAUUACCAUACAGUCACAUGUUUUGGGAAAGUUAGUUUUGUUAUCUGGUAGUGGAAUCUGGGAUACGUGUUGUAUCCUCUCUGACAUUCGUCAUUUCGAUAAACCUACAUUAUAGUGUUGAUAUUCACACUUAGAUUUGAAUCUGGAACGUUUCUCUUCAAACACUAAUGUAUUAUUGUGACGACAGACCACGGGUGAACUUGAGGAAGCUGUAAGAGGCUCAGAAGAUGCCGAACAUAUUCCAUCUAAUCACCUUUCGGAAGAAUAUUCUAGAAUUCCUACCUGUAGCUUCCCGAUUGGACAAUGCUAAUACCCCCUUUGUAUGCAGAUUGGAGGACUGUAAUGAUGAUUUCGUUCUUACUAAAAGCUAUAAAUACCUGAAAAUUUUGUACUAUAAUUGACACUGUUUAGAAUAAUAUUCCUUUCGUUAGUCUUCUGUCUUCUCCUUGCGACUUGGAAGGGUUUUGGCGUUCUAGUGCUCAGUUAUACGCGGUAUAUCAAGUAAACAACCUUCUAGAUAUAACAAUUAUCAACUAAACUACUGAAUCCAACUAACCAAUAACAUGUUCAAUGAGUAUAUAAGGUUUAUUCAGAAAAAAUAAUUUUCGUUCUGUAAUAUGUAGUAGUAUUUUUCAUGUGUUGACCUCAUUUGUGAACCAGGAAGUAUUGAUAAGCUGUUAAACUACUGUAUUCAAUUAUAUAAUAAUUUGAGGUUUCAGUGAAGAAAAAUCAACUAAUCAGGCAUCAAACUUCAUCUCUGUAGGAGAGUACAGGAAAUUUCAAGGAGAGACUUUGUUUAUUUAAUAUAGUAUUGUUGUUAAUUCUUAAAUACAACCGGAAAUCCAUAAUCAUUAUUUCAACGGAUAAAAAGUGAAUUUCCAGUCGUUAAACUUCAAAGCAAUAUAUUUUUAUUAAAAUCUAAUUAUGCAAAUCUACAUUUUAUUGAUUAGAUACAAACCCUACCUAAUAAAUAAAAUUCUUCAUCAAGGCCACCUUUUUAAAUUUUACAAUAUGAUAAGAAGGAGAGUACGGUUUCAAGUAUCGUUUUGUUCUUUAAAAUAAUCAAAUAGGUUUCACUGUGAUGAAGAAAUUUGUCAAGUUAAAAGUUUCUCCACUUUUAAUUAAAUGUUUCGUGAAACUUUACUGAUAUUAUAAAUCUUCAGUUUAGGGUUACGGAGUUCUAGUGAGAGGCCGUCACUAGUGGAGUUCAACCGUGUUGGGUAUGAGGCAGUCACCCACCGAAGAUAAUGGAAGAUAGUCGCGCAACAUCGCAGAUUGAUUGAGGUUUGACAUAGGAAGGAUUAAUCGUCAUCUCAAAAUUACCGUGUCUGAACAUGUAACUAGUUGCAAAAACAAAUAAAAUCAAACGACCCAAUAAGAGCAGAUGGUAAAUAUGUAUCCUUAUCUACUACCAAAUACAUAGUUGAAACAGGUCAUUAAACUGAUCUUAAUACGGCCUUUGUGGUGUUGUACAAAAGUGCAUACUAAUGUUUAUAGAAGCUUUGGGAAUAUGAAAAGUCACUUUCCAUUUAUGCAUUCAAAGGCAGUCUGUUCUCACCUUUAACCUACCUUGGUAACGUUAGCUUAUUAUCCCGAGUUUUUCAUAAUUUUCUUUAUUAUCUUUUCUUCCUCUUACCCUCCAUUUCUAGUCUAGUUAGCCUUCUAUCUUUAUAUAUGAACGAUUUUAACUAGUAUAUGUGUGAUCAGAUUGUUCAAAAUGUAUUGCACUAAUACAUCACAUAGUUCUGAUAAUCUUCUGUUAUAACGUGUGAUCCGCCUACUAGAGAGCAGCCUAUUAUCGAUCGAAACAGUGACGCACAAAAUACGACCGAGCAGCCUAGAGCUCUGAUUGGUCCUGCUUCCCUGUCUAGCCCAGCCAAUUGAGUCCAGAACACAAGUCUCAGCCUCGGAGAUAUGAAUCGUUAUAUUUCAAACAUACACUGUUUAUAUACCAAACAAACAGACUACAUCGUACCAUAAAUAGAAAGUAACAUUGUACAAGAUUUAACCUUCAGGAAAUGACACAAAUAAAUAUUGACCAAUAAGGAGAUGACACGUUGGAAGAAUGUUGACCAAUGGGGAAAUGGCACUACUUCUCAUUCAGGAAUAGCAUUAGAUAAUUUCUGGGGUAUUUUCUGAAUACCCCAACAUCUUCAUCUUCUUAUUACACUAUCUAAAUUUAUCAAAGGAACUAAGUGCUUUAAAUUUCUUAAAAGGAGACUCUGUGCACAUAAUAUUGGUCAUUAUUACUCAAUAUAUAAUCCCCACAAAUUUUAACGCUACUUCUGGAUAAUUAUUUUUCAAAGUUUCAAUAACGAACUGUUUUUAGCUAGACCACCACUGAGAACCUGGAAGCAUUGAGUGACCUUUUCUUUCUAGUCUGAGACUCCUUAGCAGAGAAAAUCCAUGACCACAUAUCAAACCCCAGGACUUUCGGUCUACAGUUCGAACCCAUAACCUCUAAACCAUUGAACUGGCGUCCAACAGUGUUAUUAUCUAACUUCCAGGUUUUCCAUUGAUGGUCCAGUUAAGAUUAGUUCGUGAUUUAAACUAUAGACAUGCCGUAAUCUAUACAAAACCUCAUAUUACUGAUAAUUAUUUUUUAUUGUCAAUAUACAAAUAUCUUUAAUUAGUUUUAAAAAUACUUACUCCAAUAAAAUUGGAAAACGGUCAGAUUAAUGUACAUUGUCAAGGAUAUCCAGCACAUUCUAAAGAUCGCUUACAAUGGGUUUACAUUCCGUUGAAUACUGAUAAUAGUCCAGAUAAAGUUAUUACGAUUGUACAUUCCAAUCCAAAAGAUGAAGAAAAUGAACAAGAAACUGAUAGGAAUACGAAAUCAUUGGACGGAAAAGAAAUCGAUGAAAUCGUCAGUUUGGCAUUUCAACUAACUGAUAGUAUACCAGCGACAUGGCCAGGUUCAAUUGGGCCUCAGCAACUUGUACAAUCAGAACUGAUUGAACAAGAACAUCAACCAAAACAGAUGUAUACUGCAGAACGUUUAAGUUUAACAUUUGAUAGUAAAUAUGCAGAAAAAGUUGCCGACGGUAUUUUAUCAUGUCGUUACAUAAGACCGAAAGGAAUUCUUCCAAUGGAUUCAGAUGAAGCAGCUGAAUCAUUGUCGAAAGUUGUCAUUCCUGAAACUAACGACGAUGGUGAUGAAAUACUUGAGAAGAGUGAAAUUCCCAUGAAAGAAUUAUUGGAUGCAAAACAAGGUGAUGAUAAUGACAAUUUAUCAAUUUUAAAAAGUUCUCUCGAUGGGGAACCAGAUGAUCUACAAUCAGAUGAUAAUAGAAACAAUACAGACAAGAAAUCAAUUUCAAUGUUACUCUGCAUGAAUCUUAUGGCUUUAUUGAUUAUUUUUAUGCGUAAUUAAAAAUUUCCGGCUAAUUUAAAGCCAGAAACAAACGGAAAGGUUUUUUUAAGAAGGAAAUUGAUCACAUCACAUUAGUCAAAGCAUGAACAGUUACUACUAUUAUUAUUGUUAUAGUUACCAUUAAUAUUACUUUAGCUUCAACGCAUCUUUUCUUUCGGUUUCUUUUCUUAUGUUCCUUUUGAUUGAUUGUUGCUUUCCUUGCUUUUAGUGUUAUUGUAAUUUUUCUUAUCUUCGUUAUUUUACUAAACUGUAUUCUCGAUCGCCUCUAUUUACUCACCACCAUAUAAAUAUAUACACGAAGAGAAUUUAUUUGAGUGUAAGUAGUUGAAUAGAUAUUAGAUAGGUGUGAUUAUGUUUGUCUCAUCUCGUUAUUUUUAGUGGUUCCAGACCGAAUUUAAUUUAUUAAAUAAAUCUAUUCAUAGUAUUUAGUUGAAUAUCGAAUUUUAUUGCUUAAAAACUCAUUUGUUCCUAUUGUUUCAUCCUUUUUUUUAUUUGAAACUAUCAUCUCGUUUUUACUGUGUUCACUUCCCCUCCCAUACAUACCUCAAAUCCUUGAUAAGAUAAAUACGCUUACUCUUGGUUCUUUUUUCUCGGUUUCCAUUAAUUGAAUAGAUCCAUUUAAGUUAUGUAUUUUCCAGAAAAAAAGAACAAUUUGCUUCCCUUGUAUUAUUAUAAAAUGUCAUUUUACAAUACAAUCUAUAUAGUUGAUUGUGAUUUCUUUCAAUUAAUAUUUAUCUGUUUAUUCAUUCAUUUUAUUUCCUACUACUCUAUUUUAGCCUAGAAAUUAAUUAGCAUUCCGUUUCAUGAAUAGAGUAUUAUCUUAUUAGACAGAUAGAUAGAUCAGUAAGAUAUAUAUAUCUUUGCGCUUGCGUCAUUGUUGUUUCCUUAUUCCACGAAUCAAUGUUUUGUUCAAAAUUUUUCUUAUCUAAUAUUACGUAUUUAUCUGUUGCUUGUUGUUUAUGUGAAUCAAUGAAUAAAAAACAUAAUCCAUUAGAAGAUUAAAUUGUGUCCACUGCUGUUCAUAUUUUUAUUGUUAUCACCAUUAAAUAAUGCUUUAAAUGUUGUUACCAUUGUCAGUCACAUCCUCUAUGUUCAUUAAUGUUCGCACAGUUCUCGUUUCGAUUGCAGUUAAAAAUAUUUGUGCAAAUAUUUAUAUACCAGAGCUCACAAAACCACUACUAUUAUAAUUGUCAUUAUUGUUAUUAUCAUUGUUAUGAUUCUCAGUUAUGCCACUAAUAAGACUAAAUAGCCUACACUCUUCUUUUUUGAUCGCUUUUUUGUCGUUGUUUUCAUUACAAUUAUGCCUGUUUUUCUUAUAUUUUGGAAACCGGAACACCAAAAAAAUCAUGCAAGAGAAGUACAACUUAACAAUAAAUUAAUCUUAUCACCCUUUUAAUUUAUCGCUGGCUAUUUUCUUCCCUCCCAGUGGGUAAUCUCUUUUCUGAUUAAGUCAACGAACGAUGAUGCAUUAAAUCAUUUUGUCACUUAUUUUUUAUGUGAAUAUAUCCGUUGGCGUGGAG